AUGCUCUCCUACCCAGGCUGGUGGACAUAUCUCUUACCGGGAUGGUUCAGCUUCAUUGCUCUUCUUGUCGUUAUAGUAUCAGACCUACUCAGACGGCAUCUUAAUGAUCCAAGGCAGUCUCAAGUGCGAGAACCACCGAGUCUUCCACAUCGAGUUCCAUUCAUUGGGCACGUAAUCGGCAUUCUUACUAAGCAAGUCGGACAUUUUCAGGAUGUUGGUAUCAAGACUGCAGUCUCUGCAGUAAGCUUGCCGGUUCUAAGCGGCAAGAUGUAUGUAAUCUUCGAACCCUCUUUGAUGCAGCAUGCGCUGCGGUCCCCAUCUUUGUCGUUUGAGCCAUUGAUGAUCCAACAUGCCCAAGGGCUGCUCGGAGUCAAUGCGAAGACCAUGUCUGCUGUACACUCUGGGUUACUGGGUGACCUGCUGCGGGCAACGAAACCAGCGUUCGCUGGCGAGCAACUCGAGAUACAUAACCUCACUGCCUUGAAUUACUACGCAAGUGUGAUCAACAAUAUUCGACCUGGAAAGACUCUACAGCUGGUCAACCUCUACUCCUGGUUGCAACGUAUCGUCACAGUGGCCUCGGCAGAAGCAUUAUAUGGUACUAGGAACCCGAUAACAGCAGGCUCGACCCUCGUAGAUGAUGUUUGGACACUUGAAGGGGGUGUGCAAAAACUUACAUUCAGCGUUCUCCCAUCGAUUACAUCAAGUGGCCCGUAUAAUGCCCGCGAACGACUGGUAGAGGCACUUGCACCGUUGUUCGAUCUUGCCACGAUAGAUUCUCUACCGUUUGUAUCAAGGUGUAGGGCGGGGGUGAUUCGAGCGCAUGGAAUCACAAGUCCGGAAGACAUUGCCCGCUGCGAGCUGGCGAUGCUCCACGUUGCCACGGUGAAUACCGUGCCGAUUCUGUUUUGGCUGGUUGUCAACAUCUUCUCGCAGCCAAAUCUUCUCAAAGCGCUGCGCUUGGAGUGCUCACUUCUAAUGAAGAGAGAGUCCACCAGUUGCCAGGGGGAAGCGGGGGUAUCUGAAAUCAAUAUUAGCAUCAGCUCACUGCAAGACUCAUGUCCUUUGUUAAAGGCCUGCUUUCAGGAAUGUCUGCGCAUUUACGGUCAAGCACUGCAUAGCCGCCGAGUCCACAGCGAUACGGUGUUUACAGACACCCAAGGCCAAGAAUAUCUCUUCAAAAAGGGCGUAGACGUGAUGAUGCCUAGUGGAGUUUCGCAUACCACGCCUCGCGCCUGGGGCCCCAAUGCUGAAGAGUUUCAUGCGGCGCGCUUCAUGAACUGGCCGCAGAAUGCAAGCCGUGAACAACGCGCUGCAUAUAUGCCCUUUGGAGGCGGCAAGCACCUGUGUCCUGGCCGGAAUUUUGCGACAGCCGAGAUCCUCGGAUUUAUGGCAGCACUUUGCUUGGGGACCGAUGUCCAGGGGCCUGAUCGAUCAGAAACAACACUCAUGGUUCCAGGAUCCAGCCCAGCAGUGCUUGGCCAGGCGAUAUCGAAGCCUAUAGAUUUUGCGAAAGGUGAAGGCCUGGGGGUUAAGAUACGUAAAAGGGAGGAGUUUGAGUACGUCAAAUGGCGUUUUCAAGGCUGA